GCUUUAAGCAUAAUACAGCUUGCUCGGCCUCCGCAUUAUCCUUUCUGCUUGCACCGAGGCAUGAAAUACCUAACAUGGAAAACCUGUUUCUCUCCCCACCUCUUUCAUUCAAUGUGAAUUGCCAUAUAGCGAAACCCCCAUCUUCAAAUUCUGUGCCAUUCUCCUCCGCUAAAUGGUCUGGUCGCCAAUUCAAAUCCAUCGUAUCCUACUCCAUAAACAACAGGGAUAGAGAUAAUGUCUCCAUUCCUCCGCUUCUUAGUCGACCAGAAUCAAAAUUUCCCAUAUUACAGCAAGAGGAAACACAGAAAGGGGAAGAGAAGGAAGAUGAAGGGCAAUUGAAGGAGAAAAUGUUAUAUCUGGAGAGCAUUGGAGUGGAUUCGUACAGAUUAGUUGAGGAGAAUAAACAGAUCUCAACAACCAGUUUACAAUCAAUAGUGAGCGUGGUGAAGCUUCUGCAGAGCAUGGGGAUAGAGAAGAAUGAUAUUGGUAGACUUGUGGGCAUGUGUCCAGAGGCCUUGACUCUAACUUCCCGUCAGAUUAGGGCCGUCUUUACGUUUCUUCUCAGGGAGGUCAAAGUUCAGUUACGUGAUAUAAAAAGGGUUAUUUUCAGGCGCCCACGGUUACUGGCCUGCAGUGUCAAGGAGCAGCUCCGCCCCACUUUGUAUUUCUUGCAAAGACUGGGAAUAGUUCAUGUGGAUAAGUACUCCUUUCUUUUGUCCUGCAGUGUUGAGGACAAAUUUAUACCUCGUUUAGAUUUUAUUCAAAGCUUGGGAUUAUCCUAUGAUGAUGCAGUCAGUAUGUUUGUGCGGUUUCCUGUGAUGUUCAACUACAGUAUUGAUAACAAUUUAAAACUGAAAUAUGAUUACUUGGUGGAGGACAUGGGUAAGAAUAUUGAUGAUUUGAAGGAGUUUCCUCAGUAUUUUGCUUACAGUUUAGAGAAGAGGAUAAAACCUAGGCACAGGUUUCUAUUAGAAAAUGAUGUUGAGCUUCCUUUGUCCGUUAUGCUGAGAGCAAGUGACACAAUUUUUUAUCAGAGGGUGAAGGAAUUGCAAGGUGGGUCUUUACAGACUGAUGAUUAUAAUCUUUUAGAUCCAUUGUAUUUGUAUAAAAAAAGCCUCCGGUUUAAGCAAUCUAUCUAAUGCUUCGACAAUGGGGUGUGUUUUUGGUUGCAAGUAAAUUUAAUCCUCUUAAUUCUAGCUUUAUAUUGUUUGAGGACAGAAGAAACUCUGUGUUAAGCAACCUGACCUAUGAUAUCCUAGGAGAAACAAAGCUAUCAGUAACUUCAGAAGCCAUUUGGAUUGACACACUGUUAGCACAGAACUUACACUCUGUAUUUUGGUUGGUGUUGCUUUCUGUUCUGUCUUGUUGUUUUCUAGAGUUGCAAAAUUUGAUGGGUUACUUAUUAUUUCAUA